GAGCGGCCCCCCCCCCCCCCCGCGCGUGUCCUCGCGUGGCGCGAGCCGCCCUACGUGCCGGCCGCGCCGGGGCUGCGGGGCGCCGCCGCGAGCCGCGGGAAGUGGCGGAGGGGCCGGGACGGCUGGGGCCGCCGAGGGGUUCUCUGAUCGUCAUGGGGGAUGCUGGCAUGCAACCACCUGUUUCUGCUCCGGAAAGCCCUGCCCAGCAAGACUCUCUCUUCAGCGUGACUGAUGUAUUCCUCAUCUCACUCAUCACUGGGCUUUUUACUUACUGGUUCUUCUUCCGCAAGAAAAAGGAAGAAGUCCCUGAGCUCCCCAAAAUCCAACCAGUAACAUCUCCAGUGAGAGACAGCAGCUUCAUUGAGAAGAUGAAGAAGACGGGGCGAAACAUAGUGGUUUUCUAUGGUUCCCAGACGGGUACAGCAGAGGAGUUUGCCAAUCGCCUCUCCAAAGAUGCUCAUCGCUAUGGCCUCCGGGGCAUGGCAGCUGAUCCAGAGGAGUAUGACUUGUCUGACCUGAGUCGCCUGUCUGAGAUUGACAAGUCCUUAGCAGUGUUCUGCAUGGCCACUUACGGUGAGGGUGAUCCUACAGACAACGCCCAAGACUUCUACGACUGGCUGCAGGAGACUGAUGCUGACUUGUCAGGUCUCCGAUUUGCAGUCUUUGGGCUGGGGAACAAGACUUAUGAGCACUUCAAUGCCAUGGGGAAGUAUGUGGACAAGAGAUUGGAGGAGCUAGGAGCCGAGCGCAUCUUUGAACUUGGGCUGGGAGAUGAUGAUGGCAACCUGGAAGAAGACUUCAUCACCUGGCGAGAGCAGUUCUGGCCAGCGGUGUGUGAGCGCUUUGGGGUGGAGGCUACGGGAGAAGAGUCCAGCAUCCGCCAGUAUGAGCUGGUGGUGCACACAGACGUGAACAUGAACAAAGUCUACACCGGUGAGAUGGGCCGUCUCAAGAGCUAUGAGAACCAGAAGCCCCCAUUCGAUGCCAAGAAUCCUUUCCUGGCCUCAGUUACAGUGAACCGCAAGCUGAAUGAGGGUGGAGAGCGACACCUCAUGCACCUGGAGCUGGAUAUCUCCAAUUCAAAAAUCAGGUAUGAGUCUGGGGACCAUGUGGCUGUGUACCCAGCCAAUGACUCCUCGCUGGUGAAUCAGAUUGGUGAGAUCCUGCACACAGAUCUGGAUAUAGUCAUGUCCCUAAAUAAUUUGGACGAGGAAUCCAAUAAGAAGCAUCCCUUCCCCUGUCCCACGUCCUACCGUACAGCCCUUACGUACUAUCUGGACAUCACCAAUCCGCCUCGCACCAAUGUCUUGUAUGAGCUGGCCCAGUAUGCCACGGAUACCAGCGAGCAGGAGCACCUCCGCAAAAUGGCAUCGUCUGCUGCUGAGGGGAAGGCGCUCUACCUCAGCUGGGUGGUGGAGGCCCGGAGGAAUAUCCUGGCCAUCCUGCAGGACAUGCCCUCGCUGCGGCCCCCCAUCGACCACUUGUGUGAGCUCCUGCCUCGCCUGCAGGCACGCUACUACUCCAUCGCCUCUUCCUCCAAGGUUCACCCCAAUUCCAUCCACAUCUGUGCCGUGACAGUGGAGUAUGAGACCAAGACAGGACGUGUGAACAAAGGGGUGGCUACUAACUGGCUCAAGAACAAGGUGCCUGAUGAGGACAGGAGUAAAUCCCUGGUGCCCAUGUAUGUGAGGAAGUCGCAGUUCCGCCUGCCCUUCAAACCCAGCACGCCUGUCAUCAUGAUUGGGCCAGGGACUGGCAUAGCCCCCUUCGUCGGCUUCAUACAGGAGCGGGCCUGGCUGAAGCAGCAAGGCAAAGAAGUGGGCGAGACGGUGCUUUACUAUGGCUGCCGCCAUGAGCGUGAGGACUACCUGUACCGUGAGGAGCUUGCUCGCUUCCAUCAGGAUGGACUCCUCACCCAGCUCAAUGUCGCCUUCUCCAGGGACCAGGCUGAGAAGGUUUAUGUUCAGCACUUACUGAGGAAGAACAAGGAAAAUGUCUGGAAGCUGAUUAAUGAAGGAAAUGCUCAUAUCUAUGUCUGUGGUGACGCUCGCAACAUGGCCCGGGAUGUGCAGAACACCUUCUACGACAUUGUGGCCGAGUUUGGGAACAUGAGUCAGCCCCAGGCCGUGGACUAUGUAAAGAAACUGAUGACCAAGGGCCGGUACUCUUUGGAUGUCUGGAGCUAAAAGCAGGGCUGGCAGGGCCAGGGAGAGAACAGAUCCUCAGGUGCAGGCCUAUGGGAGGUGAAAGGUGCCUGCCUGCCCACCCCACCUGUGGGUGACCACAUCAUCCCCAACCCACAGCUACCCCAGUGUCACCCUCAACCCCUCUGCUCUGGGCUUGGCAGCGACAGCAGUCCCCCAGGGCAGGCUGGGGAUGGAGCAGCUGGCAUCUGUCCCCCAUGUAUGUGUAUGCCUGGGAGGCAGAAGGGGUUGAGAGGGGCAUGAGGUGGUUAAGGCUACGCCCGGGAGCUGUGGUAGCCCAUGGCCCCAGCCUUUCCUUUGGGGUCAGUGACACAGCUGAUGGUGGGCAGGGAAGUGGGCAGGAGGAACAGACAGCACUGGAGGAGCCCUGGGCUCCUUUCAGGAACAUGGGGCAUUGCUUCCUCCCCUGGCACCUCAGGGAGGGGACAGGAGAGGCUGGCUUUGGGGCCAGGGACAAGCCAGGCCUCCCUGUGCAGCACAGCCUGGGUAUGGCAGAGGGGGCAUAGGAGCCAGGCAGCGCCGUGCAUGCCAGCCUGGCCGUGUGGGCAUAGUGCAGGGCAGUGAACUGUCCUCGCUUCCCUCUCAGCCUGAGCAUUCAGCCAUCUCUGGGGCAAGGGAUGUGGGGCUGCUGGCUAGCUCCCUCCAGCACUGCAGCCCUGAGCCCUCUGCUUCUGGAGGGCAAAUAGCUCUCCCUACUUCAAAGGAGCUGUGUCCCCUGCUCUGGUCCUGCUGGAGAGUCCUGAUCCAGCUGUGCUGGGGGCUCUGUUACUGUGCACAGAAUUGCCCCCCACAAUAGCUAAGUAUCUGCUGUUCCCAGUGAUUGCUGCUCCAGGGAAAAGGCAGAGUGGGUUCCCAGUCUGCCCUUGAGCCAGGGUCAGCCAGGACCCUUCAGGCACCCCUUCUUCCUUCCCCCUGCUGCCCUCCAUAGCUCUAGUGUGCAGAGGGGAUGAGAUGGCUCCUGUCCCCUCCAGAAGAGAUCUGGUCUAGGGUGUCAUCAUCUGCAGGGGCCCUGCCUGCUCCCCGCAGGUCCUGCAGCUGGCAGCUCCCUUGUGCCCAGCCCCUCCCAUCAUGCUGUGUACGGUCAUUUUUUAAAUACUGUUUUUAUUUUAACAUCUUUGUGAUUUAAUCAUGGAAAAACUUUCAGGCUAUCCAAUGACUGUAAAUUAUUUAAAUAUACUUUGCCCUUGGAAUAAAAACAGUUUCUGUA